CGCCAUUACAGCGCGGUGCUGAACCACCAUCCCACCAUCCCAGGCAGCUCGACGACGCCCGCGACGACGACGACCCAUCUCGCCGAACCCGCGAGGAGUGGCAUGGAGAGAGGAGACGACGAGACCGAACCUACGUCCCCGUACACGUCGAUGCACUCGCCGAUCCCGAUCGUCGUGAACGGCGUGCGCCCCGACGAGACAAAGGAGGCGACGCCACCAAAGAGCCCGAUCGCCGCCGAAGGGGCGUCGUGGUCCGAGCCGGCGAACAAUCCGGCAGAGCUCGUGAUGCUCACCGCCGGCGGCAUCCGCUUGUACGACGAAGCCAACGAGAACGAGGUCGUGCCAGGCUACAACAAGUCGACGCGGUCGUCGUGGUCGGCGCGCGGCUCGAGCUUGGCAGGCCGGGCGCGGCCGGGGCCGCCACCGACGCGCUUCAAGCCCACAAUGCACCGGUUCUCAUCGCGCGCGAGCACGGCAGACGCGCAGAUGGACACGUCGCCGGGCGUCGCGCGGCCGCGACCGGGCUCGCAUUCGCAGCUGCAGCACAGUCGUUUCUACGCGACGCUGCCGCCGCAAGACUCGUACGUGCGCGUGUGGCGCAACUCGUUCUUUGGUGGUCGGCUCAUCUUUGCGAGCUUUCUCCUCUUCGCGUGCGCGACUGCGAGCUUGGCCUUGCACAACAUUGGUCAUGCGUCGUCGCACUGCGUCGAGAUGGACGCUGCGUACGCAUUCGCCUACUACAUUUCGAUUGCAUCGACAGCAAACCUACUGCUCAUGCUACCAGCACUCUUCCCGACCACGUGCGGGCUCUACAAGGUCCAAGGCCGGCGCGUGAUCCGCCGCCCGUUCCUCCAGCUCACCGAGAUGCUCGUCGUCGCGCAAAUGUCGCACAUGCUGCUCGAGUGGAUCCUUCUUAUCGUAGCCAUGCCCAACGCAGCGUUCUACUGCGGCCAAAUCGACAGCGUCCUCGAGCGCGUCCGGUACCACGUUGCGUUCUACGCUGUGCUCCCGAUCACAACCGUGCUCUACUGGCAGACAGUCCUCUUCUGCCGCUUCCGGACGCACCUCAAGCUCCAGCUCGGGUCGACCAACGACGCCAAGCACUCGGCCAACCUCCAAGGCUGGCUCAAAACGCUGUUUACGCUGCCCGCGAUCAGCCGUCGGAGCCGCAAGAUCACAGAACUUCGCACGGGUCUCUUCAAGGCUGCGUCGGCCGGCGACUAUGACAAGGCGCAAGAGCUCCUUGACGAGGCCACUCGCGUGCUCGGCGACGGCUUUGCGACCCGCAAGCUCUAUCACGAACCCCGACUGUGGCUCUAUGCCUUUGCGCGGUCGCGCAAGAACCCGCUGCAUGUGGCUGUCGCCAAAGGCGAUCUGCGCCUCGUAGCGCUCUUCUUGCAGUACCAUUUCGAUGUGAACGCGCUCGACAAGGUCGCCCGCGUCAACUUCAACCUCGGUGUGCUCUUCAAGCUCACGCGGCUCUUUGUCCGCACGCAAGACCACGUUCAGAGCAUGAACGACUCGAUCUUCUCGAGUGUUCUUGUGAGUCCGCUCCACAUUGCCGUCCAGAGCGGCGAGCUCAUGACCGUGCGUUUUUUGCUCGACCACGGCGCCAACGUCGAUACGUUGCCACGGGCGUCCUUCUUCAAACAGUCGGCAGUGAAACCUGCCAUCUACUUGGCCGACGACGUUCAGGUCAUUCAAGUGCUCCUGGCGCAUGGCACGAACCUUUUGUACGUCAGUAAGGCUUCCACCGUGCUCACGCCCUUGCAACGCAACAUGCUCACGCACCGCGUCAUGCAGUGGAGUCUGCUCGAAGAGCACGGCGGCGACGUGGCAUUGACGCCCUUGCACGCGGCCGCGGCGGCCAACGACGUGGGCGCAGUCCUCUCGUACGUAAAAGGUGGUGUCCAAGUCGACACGCUGGGCGAACUCACGGCCGGUGUGCACUGCCGCACACCCUUGCACUGGGCCGCGAUCACGGGCAGCCACCUCUCGGCCAAGCACUUGCUCGCGUUCGGCGCCGACGCCAACGCCCGCGACGACAUGGGCCGGUCGCCGCUGCACUGGGCGGCCCGCAACAACCACGUCGACGUCGUCAACCUCCUGCUCGAGCACGAGGGCGACCCGAACGCGCAUGACCGGAUCGGGAACCCACCCUUGUCGGUGGCCGCGCAGACCGAAGGCGUCAGCCAAGACGUGAUUGCGGCGCUUAUUGCACACGGCGCCGACCUCGACUUUGCAGACGACGGUGGCAACACGGCGCUGCACAUUGCACUGAUCAACGAAAACCGCGUGACGGCCGUCUCGCUGCUCAAGUGCGGCGCCAACAUCAUGGCGACCAACCUCGACGGCAAGCGUGCGGUCGACUGCACGACCUCGACCGAGCUCCAAUUCGCCGUCAAAAAAGAGGCUGGCAGCCGCGAUGUCAUGAUCAGCUAUACGCACGCACACGCGCCGAUCGCCAAGCGUGUGCGCGACUACCUUGUCGACCACGCGCGGCUCACGUGCUGGAUGGACACGAUGGACCCGAGCGGCAUUGGUGGCGGCGCGGUCUGGCGCGAAGAAAUCGCACGCGGUAUCUUCAACGCCAAGGUGGUUGUCGCCGUGGUCUGCGAUGGCUACGCGCGCUCCGAGUGGUGCCUCAAGGAGCUCUCGUUUGCCAAGAUUUCGAAAACGCCGGCGGUCGUCCUCGUCGUGGAUCCGAAUGGCAUGUCGAGCGAGAUCGAGCGCCUCGUCCCCAAGCAGUUUAUCUUGCCGUUUCCAGUCUCGGACGCGAUGCUGGACGACCCAACGCUGUGGGCAACGUCGUUUGACGCUGUCCUGGGGCCCGUCCGGGACGCGCUUCGCCAGGCCGAACCGCCGCCGCUGUACCCCCUCUACAACUUCGAUGUGCACGCGCCGGCGCGCCGCGUGUUCAUCUACUACACGGCGCAGGACCCGUCGUUCCUCAAGCGCAUUGAAGUGAGCGUCCACGCCAAAGGGUUCGUACCGCUCCUGGCGUCGCAGCCAUUGGAUACCAUGGACGUGCGCGAAGAAGCGGACGUGAUGACGUCGUCGUCGACGGUCGUCUUCCUUGUGCGCACGGACGAGCUUGGAAGAAACGAAGAUGCAUGGCGGAAUCUGCAAAAGAGCUACUCGAUCGCCGCGACGCACGGCAAGACGAUCGUGCCCGUGUUUGUCGGGCCGCAGUGCUUGGAUUUUAGCAAGCUCUACUCACUCUGCCGGACGCCGUGGCACCCAUUUGUGGCCCAGCGCGGGUUCGAAGCCAACUUUAGCCACCUCACAAAACGCCUCAACGACAUGCUGCCGAUGGGACUGGCGCUCGUGAGCAAGCGACCGCGGUCUGGCUCGGACACGGUGUACGUCACGAUGCCCUUCUCGCGCAAGAGCGACCCGUCGUUCGUCUCGGCGUUUGUGUAGCGUGUCGACGCGCUUUCUAUUUAGGUGCUCGCGUACUAGUACAUGUAUAUCUUCUACGACACA